AAACAAAUGCCAAACAAAAUUUCACCCUUUCUCUGGCCCUUCGCAAUUUUAACAAUCCAAUAUUAGGGCUUCCCUUCUUCGAUUUUCCGUUGGAUUUCCCGCUACAGUUAGCGGGUUGCUAUCCGAAACAAAUCCAUUCGUGGAGCGGGGAUCGUGAAGAGGUUUUGAAUUCAAGUUGUAGUUUUGAUAGUGGCAGUGGAUUCUUGUUCUUAUGAGCGUAAAUGUGAUUCGAGAUUUUUGACGCCAAGGACGAUAUAGGCGUUUUUAACUGAGUUCAGUGGCAUUCAAGAAAAUUGAGGGUGAUUUCAUGAAUAAAUGCAGGAUAUUAUGCUCUGCUCAUCGUACAUAGUAUGGUUGCUUAUGUCAUGUAUCAGGACCAUCUGAUCCAUUAAUGAAAAGACAGAUUGGUAUUCAGUCUCUUUGGUUUGAAUGGGGAAUUGCUUGGAACAUGUAGUUGAGUCCAAUUCUGAGGAAGAAAAAACCAAUUUCAGUGGUGGAAAUGUGAAUGUCAUAACUAACAAUGAAAGCUGGAAUGAGAAGAUCGCAGAAGCAAACGAGGCUGGCAAGAUAGUCGUUGCAAAUUUCAGUGCAUCAUGGUGUGGCCCAUGUAGACAGAUCACUCCUCUCUAUACUGAGCUCUCCGAGAAGUACCCUCAACUUGUUUUUCUAACUAUUGAUGUUGAUGAGUUAGCUGAACUUUGUUCUACAUGGGAUGUUCGUGGCACUCCAACAUUCUUUUUCUUGAAGAACGGGCAGCAAGUGGAUAAGGUUGUGGGUGCUAACAAAAUCGCGCUUGAGAAGAAGAUAAUCGCGUUUAUUGAGCCUAAGAGCUAGUGCUUCCAUGCGCCGUUGAAGCGAAGUUUCAGAUCCCUCUAUAUUGUGAUUGCUUCAAAGGCUUAGUUAUUUUACCACGAAACAAAAAUUUCAAUUAGAUUUGAGUUAUUUUUGGUAAUAGUGAGCUUUUACAGGUCUUUAUUCUAGCAUAUUUUACGUAUAUGAGAACUCACAGUUAUAGAGAUCGAGGGUGACUGAAAAAAGGGGAAUUAGAGAUAUUGUG